CACCAGCAACUUCAACGCUAUUUUUUUUCCUUUCACAAUAUAUCGACACAUAGUAGUGCAUGUGCGAAUUCAUUGUGACAAAUCACCAAUGAACGUUUGUCUUCUUCCAUAGGCCGAAAAAUUCAACCAAAAAUGGCAUCAACACUAACCGCUGAACAGAAAAAAGAGUUAAUAACUCGAAAUUUGCAGGAGCAUUUGGGUGACGAGAAAUUGACAUCGAUUUUGAAAGAACGUGAUCUGACAAUUUACUGGGGAACUGCAACUACAGGUAAACCUCAUGUCGCCUACUUUGUACCAAUGUCGAAAAUUGCCGAUUUUCUUCGUGCUGGCUGCGAGGUUACAAUUUUGUUUGCUGACCUGCAUGCUUAUUUGGAUAAUAUGAAAGCACCGUGGGCAUUGCUCGAAUUACGUACACAGUAUUAUGAAGCUGCCAUUAAAGCGAUGCUGAAAUCUAUCGGUGUUCCAAUUGAAAAAUUGAAAUUCGUGAAAGGAACUGACUAUCAGCUGUCGAAAGAAUACACACUCGAUGUGUACAAACUUACAUCAGUGGUUACACAACACGAUGCAAAGAAAGCCGGCGCGGAAGUUGUCAAACAAGUCGAGUACCCACUCCUGUCUGGGCUUUUGUAUCCCGGUUUGCAGGCACUCGACGAAGAGUAUUUAAAAGUUGAUGCUCAAUUCGGUGGUGUCGAUCAACGGAAAAUUUUCACAUUUGCCGAAAAAUAUUUGCCACAAUUGGGCUAUGAGAAGAGAAUUCAUUUUAUGAAUCCCAUGGUGCCUGGCUUGGCUGGAGGUAAAAUGUCUUCGUCCGAAGAAGAUUCGAAAAUCGAUCUUCUCGAUACACCGGCUGCCGUGAAGAAGAAGCUCAAAAAAGCAUUCUGCGAACCGGGCAAUAUCGAAGAUAACGGUUUACUGUCAUUUGUUAAACACGUCAUUUUCUCACUUUUUAAAGAUGGAGAAGGUUUUGUUGUAAGCCGCAAACCAGAGUUUGGUGGUGACGUUACCUAUACAACAUACCAAGAAUUGGAAGAAAGUUUCGCAAAAGAAGAACUGCACCCAGGAGACUUUAAGCUCGCUGUUGAAAAUUACAUCAAUCGUUUGUUGAGUCCAAUUAGAUCUGAAUUCGAUACGCCAGAGCUAAAAGCAUUGAGUGCAAAAGCCUAUCCAACAGUGAAAGAAACAACGAAAAAGGGUGGUCAACCGGCUGCAGCCGCUGCUGAAACAGUCGAAGAUGGGCCACAUCGUCUUGAUAUUCGCGUUGGUAAAAUUGUAGAAGUGACAAAACAUCCAGAUGCCGAUAGCUUGUAUGUGGAAAAAAUCGAUUUGGGUGAAGCAGUUCCACGAACAAUCGUUAGCGGCCUAGCUAAAUAUGUUCCAAUUGAUCAAAUGGAGAAUCGUUUUGUGGCUGUUUUAUGCAAUUUGAAACCGGCAAAAAUGCGCGGCGUUGAAUCCCAAGGCAUGGUGCUGUGUGCAUCCACUGCUGAAGCGGUUGAACCAUUGAAGAUUCCAGAAGGUGUUGCACCAGGCGAUAAAAUCACAGUCGAAGGCCAUAGUGGCUCACCGGACGUUCAAUUGAAUCCAAAGAAAAAGGUUUGGGAAAAAUUGCAAGCGGAUCUCAAAACUAAUGCCAACGGCGAAGCAACAUGGCAGAAUAAUUUCCUUUUAACAUCGGACGGACAAAAAAUACUCGCUGGUCUUGCAAACUGUUCAAUAAAAUAAACAUCUAAAACGAUUAUUUAUGAACGACCGAA